AUGGACGAGGUACUUCCGGGCUUAUGGGUGGGAGGCGUGCGCGCGGCCAUGGAUGCCGACUAUCUGUCGCGCGCCGGGGUGACGCACAUCAUCACAUGCAUGAAGCAGCGGCUUGCGACACCGCCUAAGCUCGACGAUGGACGCACGAUCACACGCGCCGAGAUGCGGCACGUGCGCAUCGACGACGACGAAAAGGCGCCCAUCCUCGUGCACUUUGCGAGCUGCAACGAGUUCAUCGCCGCGCAGCUCGAGGAGGAGUGGGUGCCCGAUGACGACCAGGGCCAGACGGAAACGGGCGCUGCGCCGGGAGCAACAGAGACGGGGCCACGACAGGACGAGGGCGAAGACGAUCUCGAAGCUUCGGUGCAGCUGCUCGUGCAGGGUCGGCAGAAGCGUGGAGGUCGGUGGGGUAGCUGGCAGACGACCGGAGCCGGGACGAUGCUGGUGCACUGCCAGGCGGGCUGUUCACGCAGCGUCGCCAUCGUGGCGGCGUACCUGAUGCACACGCGACAGAUCAGUGCCGCCACGGCGGUGGCCAUGGUGCGUGCGCGGCGACCGGAUGCUGAGCCCAACACGGGCUUCAUGGCGCAGCUCGAGCUGUACGAGCAGGUGGGGUUCGAGGUGGAUAUGAAGUUCCAGGCGGUGCGCCGCUUCCUCAUGAGCAAGACCGACAUUCUCAACGGCGACUCGAUGGACGACAUGCUGCUCAGCUACUAUCCGAGUCCGUACCCGAGCCCGGCGCUCAGUGCUGCGAGUGGCAUCAAGGGCUUCACCGCCAUCACCAUGUCCAACAGUGUAUCCUCCGAGGGUGAGUCGCACAGCGGCAUUUCGCGCCGCAACUCGGCCUCCACACGGCCCACUUUGAACGAGGGUGGAGGCGGCGCAAAUUUGGCGCCAAAUGCCAAAAAUGUUUCUUCGUGCGCUACCACCACCAACAACACUACGGCGGCACUCGGCAGCAGCCACGAUACGGACCAGCCACGCAGACCACGCUCUCGCUCGGCGUCGGUGUGCUCCUCGGCAUCUUCCAACUCGGGCGCAGGCGGUGCGGGCACACGCAUCUCGCUGCUUAGUUCGAUCAACGACGACGCCGCACGCAUUAGCGGUUCGGUCACGCAGCUCGAAAAGCGCGUAGCGGCCAUGGAGGCGAGCGGCGGCAGCCAAUCGAGCGCAGCGGGCACGGGCGCACCCACCACGCUCGUGCAGCAGAGCGACGAGGUCAAGGUGACCGCCAACUCGUCCGGCCGACUGCCUGGAGGUGUGGCGCAGAUCCGCGGCCACGAAGGCGUCAACAACCGCGGUGCACUCGCCAAGCCGACAUUUGCAGGGCCCAAGCUGAGGUGCCGCGCUUGCAGACGCGAGCUGGCGGCGCUCGACCAUGUGGUGAUCCACGAGCCGGGCAAGGGCCAAUUGGCGUUUGACCAUCGUCGUCGCGACGUCGGCUUCCAGGCGCAGAACGUCGCGAGUACUACAGAGGAGGAGUCCACGCAGGAGGAAUCCGAGUCCAAGCCAGAAGAAUCGUCACCUCAAGAGGCUGCAGGUGCGACUCGCAGCACACCUGUUUCGCAACCCGCACCAGUCGCAGCGGCUUCGAAUCCAGCCGCACUUGUUGGCCGACCGGCCAUCAAGUCGGCCGCGAGUCUUGCGUCGCAACUCCCGCCACACCUGGCUGCACUUCGCGGUGGUGCGCGCGUCGGUACACAACCGGGCCACCCUCCACGCGCAGCCGCUCCAGCGACUGGGAGCAUGGAUGCCAUGCUGAAAUCCCCCACGUGCUCGGCGUACUUUGUGGAGCCAAUGGCGUGGAUGAGCUACCUCAGCGACGGUGCGGUCACGGGUCGGCUUACGUGCCCCGCGCCCAAGUGCGCCGCCAAGCUCGGCAGCUGGGACUGGGCAGGCAUGCAGUGUGCGUGCGGCGCGUGGAUCACACCUGCCUUUGCGCUGCACCGGUCCAAGGUGGACGAGGUGUAG